AUGGCCGACAACGAGAUUGCCACGAAGGCACCCGAGAGCGACGCGCAGGAAGCACCAGCAGCUCAUGUUCCUCCUCCAGCUGCGCCAGGCCAGAGUCCCAUCCCUGGGGACAGCAUAGCUCAGGAAGGUCCAACCAUGGGCGAUCACUGCACCACGGAUAGGCCUACGCCUGAGGGCGAGGCACCGACUGGUGAAUUAACGAAGCUCGGCGGGGUCGACGUAUACGUAGCAAAGCCCUCAGACUACCCGCAUUCACCGUCCAAGCUCCUGCUCCUCCUUACGGGCGGUACCGGGAUAAAGUCUACGAACAACCAGCUCCAGGCCGAUAUGUAUGCCACCGAAGGUUACCUGGUCAUUAUGCCGGACCAAUUCGAUAAUGACCCUGCUCCUAACACGGUCAACAUGGCCGAGCUUAACAAGGACGCAUCAUGGCUGGAAACAAUAAAGAUGAAGAGUGCUGAAGGUAUCAAGUCGUUCAUGAUUGACAUGUGGCUUGCACGACAUACGCCUGAGAAGGUGUUGCCAAUCCUGCACAAGGUCAUCGAGGGUGCAAAGGAGGAGUUCGCCGAUGCGGUAGCUAACGGGGGUGGGAUCUACGGCGUCGGAUACUGUUUUGGGGCUAAAUAUAUCCUGAUACUAGCAGGCGACCAUCCAGAUACCGUCGCCUGGGGUCAGGAAGCACCCAAAGAUGAGGAACAAGGCGCGGUUAAGAACGCACCCGUCAUAAAGGCUGGCGCCAUUGCCCAUGGCACGAUGGUGACCAAAGAGGAUCUUGAGGCUGUGAAAUCUCCGGUGUACAUUGUCGCCGUCAAGGAUGAUCCGUUAUUCCCAGAAGAAGAGGUCCUCACUCCAGGACGACAGGCACUGGAGAAGAACGAGGUCGAGCACGAAGUCCAAAUCUUCCCAGGUGUGCCUCACGGCUUUGCGGUCUAUGGGGAUUACGAGGAUCCUAAAAUCAAGCAAUCACAGGCUCAGGCUUACGGUCUAAUGCUUGGCUGGAUCCAGGCACACUAG